UGGAACCGCCCACUAAUUUCCGCUCAGGAAAUGAAUCAAAAUUCCCAAAUCCGAAGACAGAGGCACUAGGGUUAGGGUUUUACUUUGAAGCCUUCGAUCGAUCAAUCGAUUUCAUCCUCAGUCUCUAGAAUCUUGUUGCUUGAAACCAUGGCAACGCCUGCUACAGCAAAGAGAAAGCCAGUGUUCAUCAAGGUGGACCAGCUAAAACCCGGCACAAAUGGCCACACGUUGACCGUGAAGGUAAUCAGCUCUAAUCCAGUGAAGACUGUCAACAACAAAGGUAGUCGAUCGUCAAUAGUCCUUGGUCGGCCCGUUCGUCCCACUCUCAUCGCUGAGUGUCUUGUAGGUGAUGAGACUGGCACCAUCAUUUUCACAGCUCGUAACGAACAGGUGGAUAUUAUGAAGCCAGGCUCCACCUUGAUUUUGCGAAACGCAAAGAUUGACAUGUUCAAGGGAUCUAUGAGGCUUGCGGUUGAUAAAUGGGGGCGUGUUGAAGUAACUGAGCCUGCAAAAUUUGAGGUUAAAGAGGAUAACAAUCUGUCUUUGGUUGAAUAUGAAUUAGUGAAUGUUGUUGAGGAGUGACUUUAGGGUCUGGAAGCGAAUGCUUUGUAGUAAGGAGAGUUUCUAUCUUUUUUACGUGACAUUGAACAAUUAACUGCAGCCUGCUGUGCAGAGCAGUAUUCAUGUGGUACAGCCUUGAUUGAUUUAGUCUAAAAAGUUGCUGUACUAAAAUCAAAAUUUUUAUCGAAGGGUGCAAAUACAGUUUUGAUUA